AUGUGACUCAAUUUGCUUGUUUUGUAGUUCUAACUUCAAAUUUGAAAUCGAUUUAAAACUGAUGUAACAGUAGAUCGCCUGUAGAUUGAUUUUCUUCUUUCCUCCAGCCAUGGAUAUGCCAAGAACAAAAAACGCCUCAGAAGGAAUUGCGCCGAUGGGUAUAUCGUCUCUAAAUGACACCGUAGCAGAACCUGAGUCUAGGUACGAGUGUCCUGUAUGCCUAAACUGGCUUCGUGACCCGGUGAUCACAACUUGUGGUCACAAAUUUUGCAAGAGCUGCAUAACCUCAUGGUUACAAAAUAGUGGACACUGUCCUAUAGAUAACAUCAACCUGAGCAUGAAAGUCGACAUUUUUCCUGACAACUAUACUAAGCGGGAAAUACAGGAACAGAGGAUGUCCUGUCCUUUUGCUUCGAAGGGUUGCUCAGUAAAAGUGACCCCAUUAGACUUGGACGCGCACAUAGCCUCCUGCGAGCACAAUCAGCCUGAGACCUCCAGCCAACGCGUGCCAUGCUCUUUCGAGAGUGUGGGGUGUAAGGAGCAGUUCAGCACCCGGGAGGAGGCCCAAGAGCAUGUUGAGAGAGACCCCUUGACGCAUAUGAGCUACCUCGUGAACGCCUAUUCAGAGAUGAAGAUAACCAGCGACAUGUCGAAUGCGAACAUCGACCCGAAAGAGCAGGAAGCCAUGGUUCUGUGGGCGCCAGACAAGGACGGCGAGAACAAGCCCCCUGCGCCCACUAACACAAGCGCACUCAUUCGUGCACUAUACGAACGAGUUGUGGUAUUGGAGCAGAGGAAUCGCGAGCAAGACAUCGUAAUAGGCAAUAUCUCGAAGCAGCUAUCCGCUUUGACCGUCGCCAAACGGAAACAGAACAACGAGAUGCUCCUACGAUACUGCAUGGGCAACUAUAUAUGGAGGAUUGACAAUUUCAAAGCGAGGCUGGACGCUAUGCUGAAGGAUCAUUCGAAAAUGCUGUACAGUCCUGGGUUUUACACUUCGCCUAAUGGUUACAGGUUCUGCGUCCGCCUCAACAUAUCCCCACAGAACCCGCUCUGUUUCGCAUUGCACGUGCACCUAAUGAAAACAGAGUACGACGAGUGCCUCGAAUGGCCGUUCAACGGUCGCAUAUCCUUCUCCAUGGUCAACCAGUACGAACCGGAGCUGACUCAGCGCGACACCAUGAUGUCCAACUCGAGCCUGAUCGCGUUCCGGCGGCCCGCGGCCGAGAUCCAGCUGCGCGGGUUCGGGUACACGGAGUACGCUGUCGUUAGCGACGUGGUCAGGAACGGCUUUGUGAAAGACGACUCUCUCGUCUUCAGAGUGCAUAUCAAGUGUGUAUGACAUGAGGAUUGACUUUUUUUUUUGUUAGGGAUAUUCUUGGAUUGCAUGAAAAGUAUUAAAUAGCAAGGUUCUAAAUAAGCCUAGGUGCGUGUCUUUCAUGAGUAGACUCGGUUAAAUAAUCUUUGUAGCAUGUUAUCAAAUUUACUUGUAAUGUAUAGCGGAGUCAGUUAUGAAGUUGACCCAAACAUUUUUUAUUAAGCUAUGAGCUUCAUCACAUAUGAUCUUUGAGUAGUUCUAAGCAUUUCAAGCCUGGGAGGCAAUAAGGGGAGGGGGGGUACAAAGAUGGCCGCCACCCGUCAUCAUUCAAAAAAAUCUGUUCUGGUCCUGGUGGCUACUAGGGCAAGUUUGGUAUCAUUUUCGUAUAAACCGGAGACGUAGAAUUCAUUGCUGAUAUUUGUUUUUUUCAGCUUCAUAGUAAUUUUACAAGAAAAACGUAAAAAGAUGAAAAUUUAGGAUGGAGAUAUUUGUUUUGAGAGCUGAUAACUUUUCUAUAGUGGCCAAAAAUAUCAUAUAAAAAAUACUAUAAUAAAGCGUAAUUCAUGCAGAUUCUAAACAUAUACACGUUGAGUAAUAUCCUACUGCAAAAAGGUGGUAAAAAAAAUAUUAAAUGACCGCAGCGCGGGUAGUUGGACUUUCGUUUAUCUUGCGGACCGUCGUUUAUCUUACAAAAUGAUCGAGUACGAGUAUCUACGUAGGUAUGCUUACUUUGCUAGAUUUUAUGAUGACGAAUAAAAUACUUUCAUCCAGACAUAAUUCAUCAUACAGACAUAAUUUUAAGCACUUUAAUUUUAAUGCACUUGCAACGAUUUGAGUGGGGCCUAGUGUUAUUUGACCGGUGUUUUCUGUAAGGUGGAGGUAAGUACGUACUUCCCCAGUGGGGCUCUGCUCGGAUAGAUCUGGAAUGACAUCCGCUGUGCUGUGCCCUACCAUACAAAGCGAGAUGACAUUUACAGUGCCCAUACCUCUCUUUUGAACGUAGUUUAAGGAUAUACCCGGGUCCAAAAUUGGGUCCGAGAAAGAACUAUUAUAAAUGAAAUUAUUCUAAUAAAAUAGCGCUCUUAUUUUUGCUGAUAAUAUUAAAACACUAUUUAUGAGAGAAAUUGUACUACUUAGGAAGAGGCAAAAUAUUUAUUUUCACGAUAAUUUUCAUGCUAUUACACUUUAAGUAAUUUUAUAGGUACUUACUUGUUGUUUUUAAUAAAUAACUUCAACCUGCACGUAACAUUCAUUUGGAUUUGAUUUGGUUUGAUUUUGUUUGAUAUUUUACAUUUAAUAUUUGCUUCAGGUUGGUGUGGUGAAAAAUUCUGUGUUUCACUCGGCGGCAAAUUUUGUUUAACCCUCGUUCUUUGAAACCCUUACAACGCUCAAGAUUCCAUUUUUCGAACCACUCACUACGCUCGUGGUUCAAUUUUGAAAUCUUUCGCUUGAUCAUCAUUUUCAUCAUCAUUUCAGCCUAUAUAGGUCCCACUGCUGAGCACAGGCCUCCUGUCAUGCGCGAGAGGGCUUGGGCUAUAGUCCCCACGCUAGCCCAAUGCGGAUUGGGGACUUCACAUACACCUUUGAAUUUCUUCGCAGAUGUAUGCAGGUUUCCUCACGAUGUUUUCCUUCACCGAAAAGCUAGUGGUAAAUAUCAAAUGAUAUUUCGUACAUAAGUUCCGAAAAACUCAUUGGUACGAGCCAGGAUUUGAACCCGCGACCUCCGGAUUGAAAGUCAGACUUCAUAUCCACUCGGCCACCACUGCUU